GCUUCACAUAAUUAUUGAGUAUGCUGCUUUAUAAACAAGGUUUCACGUGACGUUCUUAGUUUUGCUCACCACCAACAAAUACAACGAACAACAUUGGUUCAUAAAUCGUAGCUGUAAUUGCUGGGUGCAGGUUGCCCAAGACCCAUAUAACUGUUGGUUGGGGACUCUCCUGACGGUCCGUUUUUCCCUGCACCUACUGGGCCUUGAUUACCGAUUUUCGCCCUUUUCUGGCUCGCCUUGCAACAUUCCUUAUUUCAUGAGUGCGUAAGGUUCAAUACCAUAAAAAAUGACACUUAAGGAUGAAAAAAUCGUAGCUGAAGAAUCCAUCAAGGAAGAUGUUGAUCCAUAUUUGGUUAGUUGGGAUGGAACGGAAGAUCCUAAAAACCCCCAUAAUUGGCGUGCAUCUCGAAAAUGGGCACAGUUGAUUGUCGUUUCAAAUUUUGCUCUCUUGGGACCAUUCGCUUCAUCCAUGAUUGCACCGUGUUUGGACCAAAUUUCCCAACGUUUCAACAUCACCAACUCGACAGAACGAGCUCUCGUACUCAGUAUUUAUUUGCUUGCAUUCGCCAUUUCUCCUAUGAUUAGUGCACCCUUGUCAGAAGUAUUUGGUCGUAGAAUGCUACUUCAAUAUGGAAACGUGAUUUUUGUUGUUUUUAACAUGGCUUGCGGGUUGGCGACAAACAAGACCCAAAUGUAUAUUUUCCGAUUUCUAGCAGGCUUUGGUAGUGCUACUCCUAUGGGUCUGGGGAGCGGAACUAUCAGCGACCUGUUUUACCCGUCAGAACGUGGCAAAGCAGUUGCAGUCAUGUCACUUGCUCCUUUACUUGGCCCUACAGUGGGGCCAGUAAUUGGGGGUUUCAUUGCUCAGUACACAACAUACAAAUGGAUUUUCUGGUCCUCUACGAUUUUAAGUGGAAGUAUCUUGCUUGUUUCCAUUCCAAUUUUGCGUGAGACGUAUCCGAAAACUCUGCUUGCGGCAAAAGCUCGGCUUCUUAACAAAGAAGCGGGCCAUCAAAAAUACCAUACGGAAUGGGGCAUUGAGCAUCGUCCAAAAUUGGAUGUAAUUUCGGAGGCGCUUAUGCGUCCUGUUCGAAUGGUUUUUACUCAACCACUGGUUAUCAUAUGCUCUGGGUAUAUGGCGAUCCAGUACGGCAUUCUAUACCUUGUUCUUACUACGUUUCCUAUUCUAUGGACACAGCAUUAUCACGAAACACCUUCCAUUGCUGGUUUAAAUUACAUUGCUUCAGGAAUUGGCCUUGUUCUUGGUAGCCAAGCAUCAGGUGUCUUUAUUGAUAAAGUGUUUCGAUACUUACGGGCGAAACAUAAUGGAAAGUUUUAUCCAGAAUUUCGCGUACCUAUUAUUCUUUUAGGCACAAUGUUCUUUCCCACAGGUCUGUUUGUCUAUGGUUGGACAGCCGAAAAACAUACACAUUGGAUCGGCCCAGACAUUGGAGCGGCAAUGUUUAAUGUAGGUCUCAUGUUGGGUUGGCGUGGCAUUCAAGUAUAUUUGAUUGACACGUACAUUAUAUAUGCGGCUUCUUCAACCGCUGUAGCAUGUUGUGUUCGAUCUGUCGCUGCCUUUGCAUUCCCACUUUUUGGUCAGGCCAUGUACGAUAAAAUGGGUUAUGGUUGGGGAAACUCAUUAUUGGCGUUUGUCGUUUUAGGCUCCUCCAUUAUUGUGUGUACAUUACUUUGGUUUUUCAGCAAAUUUCUUCGUAGUAUUUCUUCUAUGACAGUUUUCAAGGAGCCUUAGGAGAGCGCGUACAAUUAGCGGGCAUUAUUUCCGCCGUUCAAGGUGUGUUUCUACUACUGUUUGGCAAAUGUUGUUCAUUCAUUUUACUUUUUUUCUUCACUAGCACUCUGUAAAUAUUAAUUAAGCUAGUCCUUUCUUCGUUUGAUACUUGUAAAUGAUUCUGUUGUCUGGUUAAUUGAGCAUGGUAAUUACGUUAUAGUCAUGUUCACGUUCUAAGCCUUCAACUAAAAUUAUUCUAAAAUGAUGAUUAAGGACUUAGUGCUAGUAAUUUUUAAACAUUAGAUGAACAGAUGUUAAAACAUUUAGUAAGGAAAUCACCGUUAUUCGCCAAA